CCACACAGAUCGGAAACCUCACCGCACGCCACAGCCUCCCCCGCCCCAUCCGCCACCGCCACCGUCGCCAUGGGCCGUGGUCGAGGAGGCCGCAACCGCAAGCCGCGCAACUCCGCCACGUUCCGCCUCUGCCCGCGCCCCGGCGCCGCCGACCCCUCGGACCGCGUCCUCGUCCGCGUCGACGGCAACCAGUACCACGUCCCCGGCCUCGACGACGACGACGAUGACUGCUCCUACUUCGAGGGCGCCAUCCCCUCCGCGGACGACGACGGCGCCGAGCCCUCGUCCUCGCCCUCCGGGGCCGCCCUCCCCGACCACGUCCGCCGCGCGAUCCUCGAGCUCGGCCUCCCCGACGACGGCUACAACUACCUCGACCACAUCCGCGAGAUCCGCCCUUCCUACUCCUCCACCGGCGGCGGGGGCUCGUCCACCGUGUUCCUCCCCACCCGCCGCGCCGCGCGCUGCGGCCUCCCGUUGAGCGUCAAGGCUUACGACGCGCGUGGUGUUGAGGUUGGUCUGGACAAUGCCGCCGCAACGGGAGAGCUGAUCCCAGUCGAGGAGGCUAUCGACCCGGAUGUCACCGACCUGCUUGAGGAGAGGGAGGUGCCACCGGUGCCCAUCGAUGAUUACGAGGGGGAGAGCGUGGUGGUGCCACUUGUGGCCUUGGAGAAUGAAGAUGAUGGGACCUCGGAGGAUGAAGAUGAUGGGACCUCGGAGGAUGAAGAUGAUGGGACCUCGGAGGAUGAAGAUGAUGGGACCUCGGAUGAUGAGGGUGAGCAGAGCAAGGUACCAACCGGGAGCUUGGAGUAUGAGGAUGAGGAUUCAGAGCUGGAGGACGAUUUUGUUAUCAUUGCAAAUCAGCCCGAGGAGGAAGACCAGAUGGACUUGGAGGACGAUUUCGUUAUCCUUGCAAACCAGCCUGACGAGCAGAUGGACACCAGGUUGGAGCUGCCUUAUGGGCAUGUUAAAUGGUGAGCUUGCUGCACCUGGCAUUGUGUUUCUGGAAAGUGAUCAAUAAUGAGCUUGCUUUGGGAAAGAAUGCUGCGGUAAAGAUGGCCGUGAUGGUGUGACCAAGGCUCAGAAAGCUGCUAGGGGUCCUUGUCAGCGCACCUGGUGUGCUGAUUGCUUAUCUUACAUAUCGUGUUGAUAGUGAACUGUUCUUAUAUAUCGUGUUGAUAGUGAACUGUCCGUCAUAGCAAUUCGAUUGCCAGUAGGAAUAAUAUUGAACAUUUGUGCCAAAUGUUGCUCACGCAUAAAUUUGGUUUCCUUGGUAGAUAAAAUUGAUGGGGUGUGCUGUACGACAUUCAUCUUCUAUUGUACCGCUCUCCCAAGACUAUGUUUCAAAACUAGUAAUGCAAGAUGUACAAAGUUAUCGU